UGGAAGCUCCACUCCUUCAUUGGCAUCUGGGAGCAAAGUGACUGAAGUCUCUGCUGUGCUGGGUUGGGGACAGUCAGCGGGGCCCUGGUGUCCCCAAAUUCAUGCCCGGGGCGGCCGGCGAUGACCGACGCGGUGUUGGGCGGCUCCUCUGACCGGUGGAUGUGCCCCAGCGACAGAACCAUGUCCCUCCGAGCCAGCAGUGAGAAGGAGCAGCUCCCCGCGGGCUGGGCAGCCCAGCCCGAGCGGCAGCGCAAGGGCGAGGAACUGACGGACGAGGAGAAGGAAAUCAUCAACCGGGUGAUCGCGCGCGCCGAGAAGAUGGAGGAGAUGGAGCAGGAGCGCAUCGGGCGCCUGAUGACCCGGCUGGAGGACAUGCGCCGCAGCGUGCUGGGGGACGGCGUGAACCGCUGCAUCCUCUGUGGGGAGCAGCUGGGGACCAGGGGACGAGCCUGUGUCGUCUGUGAGGACUGCAAGAAGAAUGUGUGCACCAAGUGCGGGGUGCAGACCACCAACAACCGGCCCCAGGCCAUCUGGCUGUGCAAGAUCUGCAGCGAGCAGCGGGAGGUGUGGAAACGCUCCGGUGCCUGGUUCUUCAAGGGUUUGCCCAAGCAGAUGCUGCCACAGCCGAUGCCCGUCAGCAAGAAGGGACCCCAAACCCCGAGCGAGCCCCGCCCGGCCGAGCCGCCCGCCCCCGACCCCACAAUCCCCCCCCCCCCCCCCCCCCAAGGCCAGGCGAAUGCCGAGGACACCGAGGGCACCGAGGCCACAGCGGCCGCCCGGGGGAGCCGCAAAGCGGCCGAGGCCCGGCCGGGUCCGUGCGGCAGCGAGGACAGCGCUGGGGACAGCGACAGCCGGGACCAGGCUGCCCAGAGCGGGGUCAGCAGGAGCCCCGGUGUUAAGAGAACCAACUCUGUGCAGGGCCAGCGGCCACCGCCGCCGGCCACCGCCGGUCCCGCGGGAUUUGCGCCGCCGCCGGUCCCGCCGGAUUUGCGCCGGCAGAAGCGCCCGCAGCCCCAGCAGCAGCAGCAGCCACCCGAGGAGGAGGAGGAGGAUGCCAACAGCUACGACUCGGAUGAAGGCACCACGCUGGGAGCUCUGGAGUUCAGCCUGCUCUACGACCAGGACAACAGCUCCCUGCACUGCACCCUCAUCAAGGCCAAGGGCUUAAAACCAAUGGAUUCCAACGGCCUGGCUGAUCCCUAUGUGAAGCUGCACCUCCUGCCUGGAGCCAGCAAGUCGAAUAAGCUGAGGACGAAGACGCUGCGCAACACCCGGAACCCCGUGUGGAACGAGACCCUGGUGUACCACGGCAUCACCGACGAGGACAUGCAGAGGAAAACCCUCAGGAUCUCCGUGUGUGAUGAGGACAAAUUCGGCCACAACGAAUUUAUCGGAGAAACCAGAGUUGCCUUGAAAAAACUCAAAGCCAACCAGAAAAAGAACUUCAACAUCUGCCUGGAGAGAGUAAUCCCAACGAAGCGCACCGGAACAACCGGCGCAUCCCGUGGGAUGGCUCUGUACGAAGAGGAGGUGGAUCGCGGUGGGGACGUGGAGGAGCGUGGCAAGAUCCUGGUGUCGCUGAUGUACAGCACGCAGCAGGGCGGGCUCAUCGUGGGCAUCGUGCGCUGCGUGCACCUGGCGGCCAUGGACGCCAACGGAUACUCGGAUCCCUUCGUCAAGCUUUGGCUGAAACCUGACAUGGGCAAAAAGGCCAAGCACAAGACACAGAUUAAGAAGAAAACUUUGAAUCCUGAGUUUAACGAGGAGUUCUUCUAUGACAUCAAACACAGUGACCUGGCCAAGAAAUCCCUGGACAUUUCCGUCUGGGAUUACGACAUUGGAAAAUCCAACGACUACAUCGGCGGUUGCCAGCUGGGAAUCACGGCCAAGGGCGAGCGCUUGAAACACUGGUACGAGUGUUUGAAGAACAAGGACAAGAAGAUCGAGCGCUGGCACACCCUGCAGAACGAGAACCACGUGGCCAGCGAUUAAAGGGAGCCUCUGCCCAGCCCUCCCCACCCUCUGCCACGCCCCUGUAGGUCCCUGGUGUCCCUGGUGUCCCUGGUGUCCCGUCUUCCAGCGCAGCCACGCCUCGCUACAGCCUCUGACCCCAGGGUCCUCCAUCCUCCCCUCCACUGAAAACUCCCCCGAGAUCUUUUCUAUUCUCCCUUAUUUCUUUUCAGCUGGGGGAGGGAGGCUGUCGAGUUCUCCUGGUGUGUAAUUUUGGCAAGCAAUAGUUUCCUCCUGACUGUUUUCCCCCCUCUCUCUCUCUCUCCCCCUGGUCCCCAUGGCAGCAUUCCCGUCGCGUUUCUGACGCCCUGUGUCCCUGCAGCCUCCCCUCCAGCAGGAGAUGGGAGUGCUGGGCUCGGGAGCAUCAGCCUGUCCUGCUUGUGUGAUCUCAAUACCUCAGUUGCAAUAACGAAAAAGCUCCUUGGCUUUGGUGUGGGUGUCCGUGUCGUCGUGGUUAGGCCAAAUCCGGUGUCACCGGUGUCAUCCUGCGAGUCCUGCUUGAGCUUCACCUCCGGUCUGGCCCACCUGAGCAAUGUUGUGGCACAUCCUUUUGCUGAGAAGAUCCACCACCACCACAAUGACAGCAUCAAGGAGGGUUUGGGGAGCUCUGUGCUCGCAGGGAAGCAGGUUUGGGUUGGUUCGUGUCGUGGCCGUUCCUUCGCCCGAGGAAUUCGGGGGCUCUGCUGCUGUGGGAGCCCAGCUGUGUUUUAGGGUUGUGACUACCUCCUCUUCACCUCUGGUCUGUGUAGUAGUGACUGAAGGCAGGCCCUGGGUCCCCUCAGACCCCUCCUGCUCCCAAGGAUUUGCUGCUCCUCAGGAGGGAAGCUGAGGGAGCUGCCUCUUCCCCCCAGCCCAUGAUAUGUGCAAGGAUUAUUGCUUUAAACCACCCCAGCUCCUGGAAUUAGCUGGAAUAGUCCAAGUCAAAACUGGUUUGGUUUUCUUUCAUUUUUUUCCCAGUUUUCUACGUAAAUUUGUCCUCAGCCUGUGCUUUAAGGAUGGCCUGGAAAGCAGGAGAGCAAAAGACUCUGCAGCUGCUGCUGCUGGGCCGUGCAACCAUUCCCUGGCUCUGGA